AUGACUAAACUAAUUACAAUAUCACAGCCCGCGGACAUAAUUAAUGAAAUUACAGACGAUAUCAAAAACAAAUUCCAGAAUCCUCCAAUAUAUAUAACCAAAGUAGACAAGACUUUCGAUAAGAUUAAUAUGCUUCUAAGUAUAGACGAGGAUGUAGUCUUCCCAGGUGAACUGCUACAAUUGAUUCAGAAACUCGGUAUGACAAUUGAUUUAAUGGGCUCUCAGAGUGACAGGAUAGUAAAGGAAAAAAUAGCUUUAUUGAUAGCGGAUGCUGGGGAUUUAUACCCUGUUAGAGGGCUGAGGGUAGCUAGUUCAGAUGUUAACAUAUCUGUACAUGAAGCAUUUGAGAUUUUAUUAAUGGAUGUCGAUUCGACGCACUUAACCGUGAAGGAGACUGAUGCUAUGGUGCAUCUUCCGCAGUCCGUGAUCAACAUCCCGAGACGUAUUAGCUUCACCGUAUUUAAUAACAAGCGCGUCUUCGAUAACGAAGGUGAAUCUAUCGUUAACAGUCGAGUAGUGAGCGUUAAUGUGGAGAAUUACACACACUUCGAAUCUGGAGAGGUAGUCACGUUACAUUUUAAACCUAUAAAAGAACCAGAACGAGACCAGAGGCGAUCUUGUGCAUAUUGGCAUUAUUUGGAAAACGGCACUGGAUAUUGGUCACAAGAAGGCUGCACUUUUAUCAGCUCAAAUAAUCCAGACAUUUUAGACUCAUGUCAGUGCGACCAUUUAAUACAUUUUGCGGAGAUUUUAAUACCUCGACCUGUCUUCUCUGAAGGCAAUGAAAAUGCAUUAGAAAUUCUAUCUGUUAUCGGUUGCUCUUUGUCUAUUUUUGGUAUAUUUUUCAUACUACUCACAGUUGCUGUGUUUGAAACAUGGCGUUCUAAAUUCCGCAAUCAAAUUUGGCUUCAGUUGUGUAUAGCGUUAUUAAUAUUAUCAAUUUGUUUUUUAAUAAUCUUACAUGUGAAAUAUUUAUAUUUCAGUGCUUCAUGCAUGUUCGUUGGUAUAGUUUUGCAUUACUCUGUAUUGGCUUCAUUCUGUUGGAUGUUUGUGGCCGCAGCAAUUGCUUACAAAGACACAAUACCAUUCGGAAAGCAUAUAACACAUACAGUAAUGAAGACUUCAGCUUUUUCUUGGGGAGCUCCUAUCGUGAUCAUCGGUAUACUUCUUAUAUCUGCACCACGGUCGUACGUCGGACGAUUUGAAGACAUGACCCCCACUGGUAGUUUUUGCUAUCCUUCAGGCCCAGGAUUAUGGUUGUCUGUAUUUAUGCCUAUAUGUUUAACAUUAUUGAUAAAUGUAAUAGCCUUUUUCUAUAUGAUAAGAGUCAUUUACAAAAGCGAGCAAAAUACAAAAUUAGGAAAGCAAAAAGCGAGUUACCGUGAAGUGGCCUUGAAGUGCACGAGUACUGCGUUUGUUUUAAUGUUCUUAUUCGGCUUACCCUGGAUAUUUGGACUGUUUGCCUUUAAUAUUGUAGCAGCCUACUUGUUCACUAUUACUGUCACUAUUCAAGGAUUUGUUCUUUUCUUAUUUAUUGUAUGCGGUUAUGAUGACACUAGGAAGGCUUGGAUUAACAAACUACAAUCCAUAUUUAACACGACAUCUAGGAACGUAUCUAAAUUCGUUAGUUCUUCCACUCAUUUAAAUUAGCUUCUUAAUUUAUUAGUUUUAUACACAGUUGUAUUUUUUCAUUCAUAAUUUAAGAGCCGCGCUCUUAUCUGCGGAGCGGCAUUUUCAUGAUAUAACAUUAGUCUCUUUAGUUGUUUAGACAUGCUUCAAUUUUUUCCUUAAUCUGCUUGAUAUAGCUGUGUUCUUGUAUUUUUAUAUUUUUAAAGAAUAUAACAUUAUAUAAUCUGUAUUUUCUUAUUAUCUUAUAUUCGGCUUUGUUCGCAUUUUUCUUCGAACCGGCAUUUGGUUCAAUUCAAAUUCAUGAAUUGGCGCAAAUAUUGAAGUGACUUAAAUAACAUAAAAAUCAUUAUGUAAAUAAAUAAAUAAGACAUAAGUUUACGUGUCUGUACUGUAUCUGUGUAUGUAUAUAUAAUCUGUGUAUGUACUGAUUAUAUUAUAUGUAUCAACUUAGGGUGCAGAUACAUUUAUUCCUUGGGUGUUGCUCGGUAUAUAUAUAUGAUCUAUACUAUAAUACAUAAAAUUGCCUGAUGGCUUUCUUUUGUUUCUUGUCUUUUUAUUAUUGUUCUGAAGUUGUUAAUAUAAUAAGUUAUUAUUAUAAGUUAAAAAGGUAAAAUUUUGUAUUAUUCGUUGUUGAAAUAUUGUAUUAGAAUCACGUUUUUCUAUGCAAUAAUGUAUUAUAGUACAGAGGACAAAUAAAGUUGCGGUUCAAGGUAAAUGAUUACUGCCAUCAAUAUCCGCAACACCAGGUGAAUUCAAAGUACGUUGCCGGCCUUUUAUGAAGGAAUAAGUCUUCUUCUCUUGAAGGUUUCAAUAUCCUAUCGGUU